UUUGAAUAAAGCUUCUUUCUGCUCUCCUACUCAGGCAGGAGUGAGAGGCCCCUGGAGUCGCUGCCACUAGGAGCUUUGGAGCAUCAACGGUAACGAUGACCCCCCUGCUUCUGCUGUGUGUGUCCUUGCCCUUCAUCUCGGCAACAGUAUUAUUUGAACUUGAAAACCAUGAAGACAUGGAUGGCACAUUGCGUGUCAGCAUCCCCAUGGAGAUGCCUCUCCGUCCUCUGCUGGGCAGCAAGGUAGUGGUACCCUGUUACUUCCAGGACAACACCGUUAACGACCCCGGAGCCCCGACCGUCGCCCCGCUCUCCCACCGCAUCAAAUGGACCUACGUCACCAAGGAGAAAAUCACCACGAUUCUGGUGGCGACUGAGGGAAAAGUUCACGUGGAGACAGAGUAUUUGGACAGAGUGACGAUGAUCAACUACCCGCUGGUGCCCACUGACGCCACCAUGGAGAUAACAGAGCUGAGGUCCAAAGAUUCUGGCACCUACCGCUGCGAGGUGAUGCACGGCAUUGAGGACAACUAUGACUCUGUGGACAUCCAGGUUCAGGGUAUUGUGUUCCACUACCGAGCCAUCUCCACCCGCUACACCCUGACGUUUGAGAAGGCGAAGGCCGCCUGCAUCCAGAACAGUGCCAGCAUCGCCACUCCAGCCCAGCUGCAGGCUGCUUACGAUGACGGAUACCACCAGUGUGAUGCUGGAUGGCUCUCUGAUCAGACUGUCAGGUACCCCAUCCGUGAGCCGCGGGAGCGUUGCUUUGGAGACAAGGAGGACUUCCCCGGUGUAAGGACCUAUGGCGUGAGAGAUGUCAACGAGACCUACGACGUGUACUGUUUUGCCGAGAAGCUGUCAGGCAGGGUCUUCUACUCCAUGUCUGUAGAGAAGUUUAGCUUCUAUGAAGCAGGAGAUCAGUGUGCCAAACUCGGUGCUCGGCUCGCCACCACCGGCGAGCUUUACCUCGCCUGGAAGGCUGGCAUGGAUGUGUGUAACGCUGGCUGGCUGGCAGACAGGAGUGUACGCUACCCCAUCAACAUCGCCAGGCCUCAGUGUGGAGGGGGGCUCCUGGGAGUAAGAACUGUCUACCUGAACCCCAACCAGACAGGAUACCCCUACCCAGACUCUCGCUACGAUGCUGUCUGCUUCCAAGCUGGUGAGGAUGCCGGUGCCGUGCCCAUGAGGACCACCCCUUUCCCAGACAUCAUCCGCAUGACACCCGCCCCUGGGAUGUACCCGAGCCUCACCCCCUCACCUGGGGGAGAGGAGAUCAAACGUGGAGAAGUCGACAUCUUCGCCCCACUGCCCAUCCCGCCCAGUGUGACAGACGUAUACGCUGCCAUGGCUCCCACCGGUGUGGUGUUCCACUACCGACCCAUCACCGGUCGGUACACUCUGACCUUUGUGGAAGCUCAGCAGGCCUGCCAGAGCGUUGGGGCGGUCAUCGCCAGCUCCCAGCAGCUGCAAGCAGCCUUUGAGAAAGGCCUGCACCAAUGUGACGCUGGCUGGCUCCGCGACCAGACUGUCAGGUAUCCCAUCGUGUCACCCAGAGAUAACUGUGCUGGUAAUCUGCCACACAUCCCAGGAGUCAGAUCCUACGGCCUGAGACCAGCUAGCGAGCAUUACGAUGUAUUUUGUUAUGUGGAACGUCUGCGAGGUGAGGUCUUCUUCACCAGUGACUACGACAGCUUCUCCUAUGAGGAGGCCGUGCAGCACUGUCAGAAACUCAACACCACCUUGGCCACCACUGGGGAGCUGUUUGCUGCAUGGAACCAAGGGCUUGACAAGUGCCGUCCAGGCUGGUUGAUGGACCGCAGCGUCCGCUACCCCAUCACAACCCCCAGGUCUCACUGUGGAGGCGGUCAGGUUGGGGUCCACAUGAUCUACGCCUACCCCAACCAGACAGGAUUUCCUGAUGAGCACUCACGCUACGACGCCUAUUGUUUUAAAGCUUUUUCAGCUGAAAUUCCUGAAAUUCCUGUUGUUCACGUUGAAAAUGAAACCAGUGUGGAUCUGACAUUGGAGACGGUGGUUGUUAUCAACAAGACAACAGUCGCAGUUGAUCACUUUGCUCCCCCUGUUGAAACUACUGUACACUACAAUGAAACUGAAACCAGUGUAACUAUUACUGAAAUAGAGGAGUUUAUCAACCAGACAACCAUCACAACUCACCAAGUUGCUCCCCCUGUGAAACCCAUUUUACCUCCAGUCCACCCUGUUGAUGUGUCCGGUUCUGGUUCAGCUGAUCAUUCAGCCAGCGGAGAGAUCUCAGGGGAGUCCGGCGUCUCUGGUACCAGUGGCGACGCCUCAGGUUCAGGACAGAACGUCAUCUUCAGCGGACGCACUGACGUCUUCUCCGGAGAGGAGUCUGGUUCUGGAGGUCCGCAGGAGGCAGAAGGGGGAAGUGCUGUCAUCGUCACAUCUGGAGAACUGGGUAGUGCAUCUGGAUCUGGGGAGGGUUUAGACAGACAACACUCUGGCUUCAGUGUAUCGGGAUCAGGUUUUACCAGUGGAAGUGGGGACAUCAGUGGUAGCGGCGGAGACUCGAUGAUCAUCAUGGUGGAUGAGAAGAUGGAGGAGGUGUCACAAACUCACCAAAAGCCCACUGAGCAAGAGUUAGGCCAGGGGGGCGUUGAUACCAGUGGAGGUUUCUUUGAAUCAAGUAUGUCCGGAUCUGGAAGUAUGUCCGGGUCAGGCUCCGGUGGAUUUUCUGGCAUCUCAUUUGUCGACCACAGUGGCGUUGACCUGACAGUCCAGACGUCUGGUGAGCAGGAGGUGUCUGGAUAUCGCCCCUUUGAAUCCGGGUUCAACAGCGGCUUUCCAAGUGGUUUUCCAUCUGGCGUCUCAAGCAGCGGUUCAGCCUCUGGGGACUUUAUCGUGCAUCGUGGUGAUGUCAUCUACCUAACAGACAAUGACAUGUUGGAAGUGACCGUGCCGCCACAGGUACGCCACCCUGAACAGGGCCGUGGGGUGGUGGAGGUAAGCGGGGAAGGAAGUGGCUCGGGGAUCCAUCAUGAAUUCAGUGGCACUUUGGACCAAAGCUUGCAUUUCUCAGGAGGCGGAGCCCCUAAAGAAGCACCGCACAUUGGGGAGCUUUCUGUCGCCUUACCGCCUGGAAUGACUUACACUGAGUAUGUUGCCAAUCUCGGCCAAUCAGGACUUGGGGAGGAGAGUCAGGAAAGCCGUGCAGGACCUACAGAUUAUGUAGUGACUCCAGACGCAGCCUACACCAGCCCAACCACAGCACCGUCAGUGUCAUUCGUGACCCCUGCUGUAGUGGAGCAGCCUGAAGUAGUGGAAGCCUCUGAAGACCCCUGUGAUCCAAACCCCUGCGGUUCAGGAUCCUGCUCUGUGCAGGAAGAGCUCGCUGUGUGUCAGUGUCCUACUGGUUUCACUGGUGUAGACUGCUCGACACCUGUGCAGGGCUGUGCAGAGGGCUGGUUGGAGUUCAUGGGCAGCUGUUACCUCCACUUUGCGGAGAGAGACACCUGGUCUGAGGCUGAGCAACGCUGUCAGGAGCUCAACGCCCACCUGGUCAGCAUCGGCUCCCAGGAGGAGCAGCAGUUUGUCAAUUCAAAUGGCCAGGACUACCAGUGGAUUGGACUUAAUGACAAAGAUGUGCAGAAUGAGUUCCGCUGGACAGACAGCAGUCCUCUGACCUUUGAGAACUGGAGGCCCAACCAGCCUGAUAACUACUUUAACUCAGAGGAGGAUUGUGUGGUGAUGAUCUGGCACGAGGGCGGACAGUGGAAUGACGUCCCCUGCAACUACCACCUUCCCUUCACCUGCAAGACUGGACCUGCCAUGUGCGGAGCUCCCCCUGAGGUGGAACACGGCCGGCCGAUGGGCAGCGGCAGACAGCGCUACCCCGUCGACUCUAUAGUCCGUUACCAGUGUGACGCAGGCUACACACAGCGCCACCUGCCGGUCAUACGCUGCAUGCCGGACGGACAGUGGGAGGAGCCACAAGUGGAAUGUACAGAAGCCGGCGCCAACAGUAACAGGCUACACAAAAGAUCCCUCAGGAGGAGAAGUAAAGGGGUCAGCAGCCAACGGCAACAGAGGAAGCUGCUCUGAGCAGGAAUGAAAGGACAUACAACAGAGAGCCACAAAGGACCCCCCUCUUGUAAAGAAGCAUGGACACCAAUGCAAAUGCCCGACCAAAAAGAUAACAAUCCCCAACAUGUAUAUACACACACACGCACACACAUACACACACAUACUAAAGCACAUCUAGACAGUGAUAGCGUAAUUGACUGAUGUUUUGGAUCUUUGAGUGUCACCCUGCAGCUUCUGAAGGCAGUUCUCUCUAUGUAUUUAUACUGUCUAAUUCAUAGCUGUGAUCUAGUAUUUGGAAGCAUUAUCUCAAUGCACAAGAUGAAAUUUUCUGCAAUCGGUUGCCAGCACUGCACACAAAGUAAGGUAGAUAAAAUGGUGAUAUAAGAGUGACACACAAAGUCCAAAACGGCCCAAUAAAAUAAAAGUGUUUUCGAUUGCAGCUGGAUUCUCUGAAGUCAAACACAUAGACUUUUGCUAUAUGUUUAGGGUACUUUUCUAGAUCUGUGUUUCUUAGUAGUUUUUUAUUUCUUUUAUUUGGUCUCUAAGGACUACAAUUGUGUGCUUCAGACUGGUGAAACAAUACAGUUUCUUACAUUAUAGGCAAAGAGAGUGAUUCUCAAACCUUUUUGGUUGUAACCCCUUAAAAUACAGCAGUGAGCACAUGUUACCCCUCUUAACCUACAAUAUGGAGAACGGGGAAGAUUGCAUAAAAUCCCAAAUAUGAGUAAAAGCAAGGGGGAAAGGACAGGCCGAUAGACCCCGAACGAUCUUGUCACAACCUCAAGCUCGAGAGCCACUGUGCAACACCACCACAGUAUCAGAUAUACUGAAAUGAUUGUGCUGUUCCAAUUGAUGAUGAAUAUAGAAAUCCAAGUUCAAGACGUGAUUAAAGUCGCUGCAACGGACCUGGAUUGAAAUAAUCAGCACUCAUGCACUUUUGGCAGUCACUUCUGUGCUAAUCAUUUGAAUCCAGCGCACCUUAAAUAUGCAAAAAUAAACAAUACUCAUCCGUAGCUGACACAUAGCAAAGAAAACUAUAACUGAAUAAUAAGAGAGAUCUACAGUGUGACACUGAAUUGGCUGGCUUCUCUGCCAGGACGCGGUUGCAAAAGAUGCACACACACAGUUUUGCAGGUCGGGGUUUAUGUUUGUGACUUCUGUUCUGUCGGCACUGUCUGAUGAAGAAUCAUGCUUUUUAUGAGAUUUUGCUGAAUGAAUGAAGUUUCUCACUGUAAAUAUUCUCUCUACAUCACUCUGAACAGCAGGAUCUGUCGAUAACUUACACAGAGCAGACAAUUUAAUUGUUUGAUUAAUUCAUCAUCAAACCCGUUUGUUGAUUUGUUAGUUUAAUUAGCUGGUAAGUUGCAGUUACUUAUCAAGUGGGCACGACUUUUGAUUUUGACAGUCAGCUGAACAUAAAGUCUUUGUGGACGUUUUCUGGCUGUGUUUUAUGUGACAGGGUCUUUAAAACAGAAAUGUACUUCUUAAAACUUGAGAAAUUACACAAUUUUAGGGAAAUAAGCUGUGAAAGCAGUAGAAAUUAUUAUAAAGAAUGACGAGAAAGAAGAUAGAAGGUGGAGGUGGAAGUUAUAAAAUGUUGACCAUGACCUUUUAAAAAGGUCAAGAUUUGCUUUUCAACUUUGAGAGCAGAUACUUGUGUCUGUAUCUGACUUCUCACACAACAACUCAAACACUAAAAACAGCAACACACAGUCAAACUGGUACUCUCAUGGACACGCACACAGUUCAGCAAAUACAGAAUAUGAAAGUGGAUGAGUGAGCGUGGUGACGCCACAAAGUGAAACAGCUAGCUCGCUCAAAGUGUUGUACUAUUUGUACAAGUAAAUAAACGAAUGAAGUCGAUCUGGAUGCUCCUGGUGUGUUUUACUAUUACAUUACAGAGUGUGCUCAACGUGAAGCCAACAUUUGAGUGAUUAUGUGGAGGACGGUUUAAGAAAAUCAGUGAAUCUGUGUCAGUGUUUUGAGUCUUCAACAAACCGAUUUAGCUUUUGACAAGUAAACCAAAACAUGUGUAGCGUUGCACACGGACACGUCUGUUGUGACUUCGUUCAGAUCCUGAAUCCUGAUGUGAACAUGCAGUAUGCUGUACUGUGCUGUACCAAAUAAAACUUGGAAUCAUC